AUGAAAGGAUACCGGGCUAUUCUCUUUGACAUGGACGGAGUACUGGUGGACAGUGAACCUCUCUUCCUCAGCGCAAUAAACAAGCUGUUGGAACAGGAAGCAGUUGAUCCCGUUUCCGUCAAGGAAAACGAAGAAUUUCUGAUCGGGACAACCAUUAACGAAACCUGGCGGCAACUAAAACUUUGUCGCCCACUGCCACUUCCUGCCUCAGAAUACAUACAGCGAUACGAUGACAUCGUCCGGCAGGUAAUGAUGGAGGAACUGGCCCCACAGCCGGGCGUGAGGGAGUUAAUCGAGGUCUGCAACAAGCGCGGCCUUCCGAAGGCGGUAGCCUCCUCUUCACUGCACAUGUGGGUUGACCUGAAAUUGAACGCCAUUGGCCUGACUGGGGCGUUCGAUGCCGUGCUGGGAGGAGACGACGUCAGCAGGGGAAAGCCAGAGCCGGAUAUUUACAUCAAGGCCGCGGGGAGGCUUGGUGUUCCCCCCGAGCGAGUGUAUUGCCAUAGAGGACUCCCCCAUCGGAAUAGCCGCCGCAGUAGCCUCAGGGGCUCACACAAUCGCAGUCAGAACUGA